GCCCCGCCUCGAUUGCCAUGGAGACCGGUAGUAAACAGUUUCCCCCUUCCCCUUUCCCCUGCCCUAAGUCCGGGCCCGCGGCCCCACCAGCGCCUGCCUAGCAGGGACACUGCCACCCCCCGGGGCUGGCCGGCCGCGGGCCCAUGAACAGUAGGGCCCCAGGGAUUCUGGCAGUGGGGAGAGUGAAAUUCUUCCGCCGGCACCGUGGCGAGGUCAACUUCUCUGCCUUCUCCCCGGAUGGCCAGAUGCUGCUCACGGCCUCCGAGGACGGCUGUGUCUACGGCUGGAAAACCCAGAGUGGGCAUCUGCUGUGGAGGCUGGGUGGCCACACAGGCCCCGUGAAGUUCUGCCGCUUCUCCCCCGAUGGCCGCCUCUUCGCCAGCACCUCCGGCGACUGCACCAUCCGCCUGUGGGACGUGGCAGAGGCCAAGUGUCUGCAGAUAUUAAAGGGUCACCAGCGGAGUGUUGAAACAGUCAGCUUCAGUCCCGACUGCAAGCAGCUGGCAUCGGGUGGCUGGGACAAGCGGGUGACGCUCUGGGAGGUGCAGUCUGGCCAGAUGCUGCGCCACUUAGCAGGGCACCGAGACUCCAUCCAGAGCAGUGACUUCGCACCCAACUCAGACUGUCUGGCCACUGGCUCCUGGGACUCCACCAUUCAUAUCUGGGACCUUCGGGCAGGGACCCCAGCAAUCUCCCACCAGGAGCUGAAGGGUCACACUGGCAACAUCAGCUGCCUGUGCUACUCAGCAGCCGGCCUCCUGGCAUCUGGAUCCUGGGACAAGACCAUCCACAUCUGGAAACCCUCUACCAGAAGCCCGCUGGUCCAGCUCAAGGGCCACAUCACCUGGGUGAAGAGCGUAGCUUUCUCCCCGGACGGGCUGCAGCUGGCCAGCGCUGGCUACUCCAAAAUGGUCAAAGUCUGGGACUGCAACACGGGAAAGUGCAUCAAGACCCUGAAGGGAGCCCUGGAUGUGGCCCACACCUGUGCCUUCACCCCAGACGGGAAACUCUUAGUGUCUGGAGCUGCUGACUAGACCAGACACCAGCCCCGCCACGUGACCCAAUCACCCAGAGCCUACUACUGUAUCCUCGAGGCCAGCACCGUCAUGCCCCGCACCAGAUUCAAACAGCUACAGGCAGGCCCGCCAAAAUCCACCAGACAGCGGGGCCACAUCAGCCCACCUCCCCAGCAUGGUUAUCUGAAACAAGUGAAACACAAAGCAACGUGA